AUGCGGAAUGAAACCGCUGGAAAUGUGAAUAUCGCUUUCAACUUGUUUCAGAAUGCAUUAAAAUUGAAUGUGAUCAUGGCAAGUGAAACCGCGGAAAAGCCGAACUUCCCCACGAAAAGCGAAAGACAACGAUGUUGGGCCGCGCGGGACGAUUAUUGGGCGUGUCUGGAUAAAGAAAAAAUGAGCGAAGAUGCUUGCUCAAAGUUCCGAGAGGCGUUCUGCUCGUCUUGCCCAUUGCAAUGGGUGAAGCAUUUUGAUCGUCGUUACAAGUACCUCAAGUUCAAGGAGAAAAUGGAGACAGAGGGAUUCGAUCCAGUCGAAGGACCUGAAAAAUCAUGA